UUCUGAAAAUGACAUCUGUCACGUCUCGGGCCCUCAGGAAUGUUAAUUUUCCUGCCAAACGUGCGAUUUGAGUUUGUGCGGUUGGCACCUUCGUUGCACAACGCCUUCCGACUCACCCAUGCGCCGUGUUUGCUGUCGGUACGUCUGGGCUGCGGCUUGCUCCUGCGUGGCUUUAAUACUCGCAGGGUUGGUUCUUAAGAGCUAUCACCACAGCCGGUUCCCCUGGAUCGUGCUCUCGACGUACCGACCCAAGCUCCAGUCGCUAGCGGCCAAUGUACCGGCACCGGCUGCGAUAGAUGUACCGGCAGCCCCGCAGUGCAAGCCUCGACGAAAUAUAUUCUUCCUGAAGACACACAAAUGCGCGAGCUCAACCGUUAUGAACAUUUUUCUCCGGUACGGAGUUACACAUGACCUGUACUUCGUGCUUCCGCGAGACAAGAAGACCAACUACGUCGGGCAUCCGCGCCUGUUUAACAGGCGGAUGGUGCUUAAUUUGCGCCCUCUCAACGUAACGUACAACAUCUUCACUCAUCAUUCCCGCUUUCAAAAGAAGGAAGUGGCUGAGGUGAUGCCGCAAGACACGGUCUACGUUACGAUCGUCCGUGCUCCAGAGUUCUUGUUCAACUCACUGUACAAUUAUUAUAACGUAAAGAAAUACCUUCACGUUGAACUGCAUGACCUCCUUCGCAACAGGACCUUGCUCAACAAGUUUAAGGAGCGCCGAAAGCGCAAGGGUGCCAAACAUGGUCAGAAUCAAAUCGGUUUCGACAUGGGACUAGACGUCAUGAAAAAUCAAGACGCGACAUCCAUUGACAAGUUCAUAAAACACAUCCAAGAAAGCUUCGACCUUGUGAUGAUCACCGAACGCAUGGACGAGUCAUUGGUACUCCUGAAGCACUUGCUGUGCUGGACUACGGAAGACAUUGUAGCUUUCAAACAUAACGCAAAUAACAAGGCGUCCUACAGUGUCGACUUGAGCGAUGACGACAAAGCUAGGUUGAGAAAACUGAAUUACAUCGAUGUGAAAAUUUACCAACAUUUCGCAAAAAUAUUCGAUCAGAAAGUUGUCGAGUUCGGCAUCGUGCGCAUGGCGCGCGAGGUUGCAGAACUGCAGCAAGUCAGUGAUGAUUUUUUCGAUGCCUGUAAGAAAUUGCAAGAAAAGCGAGAUAUUGCGAAUGUGCCGAAGAAAAAGAGGAUAUAUCUACCGCGGAGAUUCCAAGAUGUCGGUAUGAAAGAGACGUGUAAGUUGCUCACGAUGUCUGAACUCCAGUUUCACGAUUUUGUGUGGCGAAAACAGAAUGCAACGCUGCGAAGCAAGAUGUGGAUGAGUGCCGCCUUUGCGCCGCCACACCAGAAGAAGAAGAAAAAGUCUUGAGAAUGCUUCAUGCGGCUCGGCAACGACUACAAAAUGUGACGUUGUCUGUUCGUACACCUGCGUCUCCAGAUAUUACUGCUCUUUUGACCAGGACCGAAAACGGAAACCAUUUUGUCCUGCUCGUCGUAUAGUAGUUGAUAAAUCCCCGAUAUGCGAGUUUGUAAAAAGCUACGGGACAGCGUAUAGGUUUCUGUGGUUGAAACCGAUUUUAUGCAGCAGACGACAUCCGCUAUCGACAACCCGCAGGUGUAGCAGACGAAUCCGAGUGAUGUAGUGUCAACAGCCAUAAAACUUUCACUUAGGCCAUCUAGGGCAGCUGGUCGCGGUUCACCGUGUUUAAACGCAGCAAAAACACACGGGAGAAAAUAAGUACAACUUAUAGAAGCAGUUGUCCUGCCUUUGGUCAUCAAUCUAUAUAUGUUGUUCGUGCUGCUCUUAUACGUAUCUUAUAAAGUUUGCGCGCGUACAUAUUGUUGCUAACUGUACGUUGUAAACUAUAUUGCGGCAACAUUUCCCUCUCACCCAUUCCAACUGACGUCUGCCGCAACCGACAGAAACGCACGCAAAACGAAUGCUACAAUCACGUUUUGUUUCAUGAAUGCAUUCAGGAUAUCAUGCAUCGAAUGAACUUCAUGCGCAUGAUUAUUAUACCCGCUGCGUCACACAGGCUCACAAAACACCCAGCGUUCGAGGUCGCCCACUUGACAAUUCUACAUGAAGAGACUGCGUGUGACAAGAACUGCUCCUGCUUACGAGCCACCAAGACCAGCAAUCUUUGGCCACGAGAGUUCUGGAAAAGUCCUGGUCGCGAGCCAUUGCACACACGUGAGCGUAACAACGCUGUUUCUGUGGCGUCGUUUCAUUCAAUCUCAGUGAUUGCUUUUAUCCGAUAUUCUUGCAAUAAAACACGUGGGACCUGUGGUUAA